AUGAUAUCAAAAUUCAUCAAACCAGAUGAUUAUACUUUUAAUAUAUUGGUGGAUGCUCUUUGUAAGGAAGGAAAAGUGAAAGAAGCUAAGAAACUGUUAGCCGUGAUGAUGAAAGAAGGUGUGACACCUGAUGUUGUUACAUAUAAUUCAUUAAUGGAUGGUCAUUUCCUACUUAAUGAAGUGAACAAGGCCAUGAAUAUAUUCUAUACUUUGGCUCAAAGGGGAGUGGCUCUAGAUGUUCAUUCUUAUAGUAUAAUGAUCAAUGGACUAUCUAAGAGUAAAAUGGUGGAUGAGGCCGUCAAUCUCUUCAAAGAAAUGAGUUGCAACAAUAUUAUUCAUAAUUUGAUGACUUACAAUGCCCUUAUUGAUGGUUUGUGCAAAUCAGGGAGAAUCUCCUAUGCUUGGGAGCUUGUUCUUAAGAUGCACGAUAAUGGUCAACCAGCCGAUAUAGUCACUUACAAUUCUAUAAUAUACGCUUUAUGCAAAAACCAUCAUGUUGACAAAGCUAUUGCCCUAGUCAAGAAAAUUAAAGACCAAGGCAUUCAACCAAGUAUGUUCACAUACAAUAUACUUCUAGAUGGAUUAUGCAAAGAAGGACAACUUAAGAAUGCACAAGAUGUUUUUAGGGAUCUUUUGAUUAAGGGUUAUAGUCUAGAUAUCCGAACGUAUAAUAUUAUGAUCAAUGGACUUUCUAGAGAGGGCUUGUUUGAUGAAGCAGAUGCCUUGUUGUCCAAAAUGGAUGACAAUGGUAUCAUUCCUGAUGCUAUAACUUAUGAAACUAUAAUCCGUGCGCUCUUUUAUAAAGAUGAGAAUGCAAAGGCAGAGAAACUUCUUUGCGUAAUGAUUACUAGAGGUCUACUUGAAGAUUACACAAAAGAAGGUGGCCUGCUCAAUCGUCUCACUGUCGCUUCAAUUCUAAUCAAAAGUCAUGUGUUGUUGUUACGGCCUGAACCUAGCUUUAGACAGCAUCAAGUGAUCGAUAAUGCAGCUUUGUUAAAUAGCAGUUAUAAUGGUGCUAAAGCGUAG